AGUAAAAUCAAAAUAUUAAUAAAAACCAACACUGGAAUCGGUUUUGGUCGACGAAACCAUUGAGCAACGUCGCAGUUAAACGACUGAAACUGGUGGGAAAAAAACAGACUGGAUUAUUUAAAAUUCAUUAAUUAAUUUUUUUUUUUAUGUUCCCCAAAUGAAUAAUUAACGCUGAAUAUAUUAUGUUAAUAAUUAAAGGUUUCUGCUUCCGUUAAAAGAGUUCUCGUUCCGUUUCGACUGGAGGAGGUCGUCGUUGUUUACGUUUUUGAAUUAAGGAAAUCAAUUAAUUUUAGAUUCAUUAAAACCUAAUUAAGGAGAGAUGCCUGUCUAUUUAUGGCUGUAAUAAUGAUGAUAAUUAUUAUUGAGAUGCGUUGGUGUAAGGAAGGUUGAGAGAGAUGGUCAUGGAGGGAGAUUCCAGUUAAUUGCAGUGUCUAAGUCCACCAAAACCCGUUUCCUUCUUGUUCCUGCGUAAAUCUUGUUGUUUAGCAAAAGAGAGUUUGGUCAAUGUUGGAACUGUGUCGAAUAGAAACAACAGACAUGGCAUUGGGCCUUAAUUGAGAUAAUUAAUGGACCUUAAUUGUGACGGGUCUGACCCUUUCCGUGGGGCACCGCCCCCUCCUCCUCUUCUGAUAUUAUUCGAAUUGGUUCCACAUUGUUUAUGUUUUCUGGUGAAAUUGAGUCAAGAACUUCUGCUCCAAGAUUCUUUAAACAAAUAUGAAAUUUUAAGAACUAAAGAAGGACAUUAUCAAGAAUGAUUUUGGCAAUAUUUCUGUAACUCUUGUUCAAUUACUGGAAAAUAUUUGAUUUACAAUUAAGAGUAAUUGUUUAAUUGAUUGAAAAAUAUAUUGGCUGGGUGGUGGUGGUGGUGGUGGUUAAAACUGGAGAAAUUUAAAAUUAGACUUUAAUUAUAAUUUUGUAGUGUUUGAGUUCUGUAUUUGAAAUAUUGGUCAGAAAGGGAUUAUGGAAGAUAGACAGUGUGAGGGUCGAGUUAAAGGUGAAAAACUCUCUGAGAAUAUUGAUCUCGCUGAUGAACGAUGCAUCAAUACAAAGAAAAAAUUAAAUUGUGUUGAUAAAUCCAAUCAUGUCACUGAACGUAAGUUAAAAAACCGAAAUUCACAGAGCUAUUCCUGUGAUGUUUGUGGUAAGACUUUCUCAAACAAAAAUGGUAUGCUUUUACAUAAACAAAGUCAUGUAGAUGAGAAACCAUACCACUGUGAUAUCUGUGGCAAAACAUUCUCCCAGAAAGGUGGUAUGAUUGUACACACACGCAGUCAUACAGGUGAAAAACCAUUCCCUUGUGAUAUUUGUGGCAAAUCCUUUUCACAGAAAGGUGGUAUGCUCCAGCACAAACGUAUUCAUACAGGUGAGAAACCUUACCCCUGUGACAUCUGUGGCAAGACAUUCUCAAACAAAAGUGGUAUGCUCGUUCACAAACGAAUUCACACAGGUGAGAAGCCCUACCCUUGUGAUAUCUGUGGCAAAACUUUUGUAAACAAAAGUAGUAUGCUUGUCCAUAAACGUAUUCAUACUGGGGAGAAACCUUACCAUUGUGAUAUCUGUGGUGUAUCUUUUACUCAGACUGGGGGUUUAACUUCUCACAGACGUGUUCACACAGGUUAAAAAUGGUAAUUCUGUAAUAGUAGCACUACAGACAAACCCAAAUUGGUCAAAACUCACAGAACUGGAAUAUAAUCUUUGUUAAACCAUGUCUAACUAGAAUGGUCACACUCAUUCCUCGUUGUCAUUGUUGGUUUAAUGUUUAUUUUUCCAUGCUUGCAAGGAUCAGACAAAGAUAUUUGGGCAGAGUUUUCGGCAGUUGGAUGCCUUUCCUGUCACCAACCUUUACUUGUUUCCAAGUUGUGUAAUUUUCUCCCAGUCUGUCAAGCAACAAAAGGUCCAACAUUGAUAACAUGGAGAAGUGGAAGCAAAUGACAUUGAAAUGAGACUUUUGUUUACAAAGAUCAAAUGUCAAGAUGUUCAGAAACCUGGACAUGCUUUUAGGGUGGACUGCAUGCAGAUAACACUGGUAGUGAAGCUACUGGUUACAACCAGUGACCAAAACAAAUGUGGUGGAGGGAAAUAGAAAAUUACACAUACACACACACGUGUAUGUGUGUGUGUGUGUAUAUAUAUAUAGGGAGAGUUUAUGAAAAAAACAAAAGACGAAAACAGGUAGUGUACAAAACAAACAGAUGUAUUA